UUUCCCCCUAUCUCAGCUUACUCAACUCCUAAUUCUCAUGCAUUUACUCCAACUCAAAGAAAAUGCCACUCUUCUUCUCCUCCAACUUAUUCAACAUGAAACAAUUUAGCUGCAGCAGUAGCAGAAAACUCAACAAUCUGCCAAUAUGCAUAAUAGUUUUCUCCUUAUUCAUUUUUGGGCUUUUCAUGUACAGUGAAGAUGUUAAGUCCAUUGCUCAAUUCCAAUUCUCAAGACCUAAUAAAAUUCAAGAAAAUGGGGUUCAAGAAUCUUCAAAUAAGGAAAAUGGGGUUCUAGAAAAUUCCACAAUCUUGAAGUCAAGUGAUGAUAUGAAGAUUGAAAUGGCCAAUCAAGAAGAAGAGGAGAAAAUUGAAUUGCCACCUGAAAAAUGUGAUCUUUUUAAAGGGCAAUGGGUUUAUGAUAAUGUUACUCAUCCAAUUUAUAAAGAAUAUGAAUGCAUGUUUCUUACACAACAGGUUACUUGCAUGAAAAAUGGAAGAAAAGAUUCUUUGUAUCAGAAUUGGAGGUGGCAACCCAGAGAUUGUUCUUUACCCAAGUUUAGACCAAGAUUGCUACUUGAAAAGCUGAGGAAUAAGAGACUAAUGUUUGUGGGAGAUUCACUGAAUAGGAACCAAUGGGAAUCUAUGAUUUGUUUGCUUCAGUCUCGAGUUCCUUUCAGCUGGAACAAAUUCAAAAAGAUUGACUCUUUGAAUAUUUUCAGCAUUGAGGAGUAUAAUGCCACAUUAGAAUUUUACUGGGCUCCAUAUCUUGUGGAGUCAAAUUCAGAUGAUCCAGCACUACACAGCGUUUCGACCCGAUUCAUUAUGCCUGAAUCAAUUGAAAAACAUGGCAAUAACUGGAAAAAUGUGGAUUAUCUCAUCUUCAAUACUUAUGUUUGGUGGAUGGGUGGUGGCAAAAUGAAAGUUCUACGAGGAUCAUUUGAUGAAGGAUCGACAGAGUACGAUGAGAUUGAGAGGACGAUAGCUUAUCGACGAGUGUUGACAACGUGGUCUCAAUGGAUCGAAAACAAUGUGGAUCCUAAUCGUACACAAGUAUUUUUCAUGAGCAUGUCGCCUAUGCAUAUCAAGAGUAUGGACUGGAACAAUCCGAACGGGAUAAAAUGCGCGAAAGAGACGACACCAGUACUGAACAUGUCAAGGCCACUUAAUGUUGGGACUGAUAAGAGGCUAUUUGCAAUAGCAUCAAAUGUAACUCAAUCGAUGAAAGUCGUUCCAGUAUACUUCAUGAAUAUCACAUCUCUAUCAGAAUAUAGGAAAGACGCACACACUUCACUCUACACUAUUCGACAAGGCAAAAUGCUUACCCCCGAGCAGCAAGCUGAUCCAGCCAUUUAUGCUGAUUGUAUACAUUGGUGCCUCCCGGGAUUGCCUGACACUUGGAAUGAGUUUCUAUAUACGCGUAUAAUGUCCCGUUCUUGAUAUUUUGCAGAUGUGGGAAAGGGAAAGGGGAAAGGAGUAAUGUAAUGCGAACACACACUUAUAGUGUGAGGCUUCUGCGGAUACCACUAGGCUAUAAGUUUUGGUGGUUAUUCCUCAUUUUGAUUUUGAUAUGCUGAUUAGUAUUUUUUGUGCUCUUUUGGGACUUUACAUUCUGCUUAUAAGACUAUUGAAGAGUCUGCAAAUUGGAGGAAAACUUAGGACGAACAGAAUUGUACAAUGAAAUUGUCUAAAGGAAAUAAAUAAUAGAUGCAGAUUGUAUGCA